UGUGUGGCCCGGAACCAUUCAGUUCUCAGUGACUGUACCCAGACGGACAUGUUUCUCUGACACACUUGUGCACAGACGCAACGUUUGAAAUGGCUGUUACCCUUCACACAGAUCUGGGAGAGAUUAAAAUUGAAUUGUUUUGUGAGCGCGCACCGAGGUCAUGUGAGAACUUUCUUGCCUUGUGUGCCAGUGGGUUCUACAAUGGCUGCAUCUUCCACCGAAAUAUUAAAGGCUUCAUGGUUCAAACUGGAGACCCUACAGGCACAGGAAAAGGAGGAACAAGUAUAUGGGGCCGCAAAUUUGAAGAUGAGUUCAGUGAACACUUAAAGCACAAUGUAAGAGGAGUGGUCUCAAUGGCAAACAAUGGCCCCAACAUGAACGGCUCCCAGUUUUUCUUCACGUAUGCCAAACAGCCUCAUCUGGACAUGAAGUAUACAGUGUUUGGAAAGAUUAUCGAUGGCUUGGAAACACUGGAUGAACUGGAGAAACUGCCUGUAAACGAAAAGACGUUCCGACCACUGACUGACACCCGGAUAAAGGAUGUGACCAUUCACGCCAACCCUUUUGCUGGAUAGACGACACGCUCUUCAAAUUUGUAGAUUGGCCUUUAACGCAGACAUGGACUCAGAUAUUCCCAAUAAGCCAAUUGAUACAGUGUAUAGUACCUUGUCAUGGAUGGAUAACUUGUCAAAAGCUAGAAAUUGGAGAGAAGACCCCUGGAUAAUUUGCAUACCAGUAUUUGCUGACAGGUGUGACCCAGAAUUUAAAGGACAGGUUCACAAUUUUUCAAGUCUGUUUUAAAACAAUAGUCAGGGGCCAAAAUGAACAUUGAAAUAU